CAAACACUAUCUGUCAACAACAUAUGUUUUAUGAAUACAGUUGCCGAACUUGGAAUCUUUGCCCUUAUCAGUGCUCUUGCACUUGAGAUUGGAAUUUUCUGGCACUAUUUACUAUAAGCAAAAUCAUUAUCAUCCUUCGUUAGCAAAUGAGUGAAAUUAAGGUUGAAUUCGCAGUGCAAAUGCGUGGCGAGCUUUGCGCUGAGAAAGUUCGCAAUGCGCUCAAAGAUGCUGGUAAAGUGCAUAUUGAUGCAACUGAGGGUCGAGUUACUGUGGAGACAAAAGAGCCUUGGUGCAUUUUAAAGGAAAAAAUCGAAUGCACGGGUCGAAAAGCCGUGUUGGUCGGCUUUGGUGGACAGUCUGCUGUGGCGAUUAUAAAUGCAACUGGCAGCGAUGUAGAUCGCACCCCAAUACAGGGCAUAUUACGAUUUAGUGCGCUGACCAAGGACCAUCCCGGCGUAGUGGUAGACGGUGUUGUGGAUGGCCUAACACCGGGCUUGCAUGGACUGCAUGUACACGAGGCAGGGGAUAUAUCCAGCGGAUGCGAAUCGCUCGGCGAGCACUAUAAUCCACGUGGUUCACCUCAUGGUGGACCAGAUGAUACACCUGAUGCGCGACAUGCUGGAGAUUUGGGUAAUAUACGCGCCGAUGAUAGAGGACGAGCAACAUUUCGUUUUGUAGAUCCAGUAUUGGCAGUAUGGGAUAUCAUAGGGCGUUCGGUGGCGAUAACAGCUAACGCAGACGAUUUGGGUAGAGGUGGUAAUUCGCAGAGUCGUAUAGAUGGUAACGCAGGUGCACGCAUCGCCUGUGGUAUAAUUGCACGUUCGGCGGGAAUUUUGGAGAAUUUCAAAAAAAUAUGCGCAUGUGACGGCGUAACACUAUGGGAUGAACGAAAUAAGCCGAUAGCUGGUGGUGAUCGAGCGCAGAAGUUGUAAUGUGGUUAGUGUUAACGUAUUAAUCCUAAUUUCUAGCAUAAGAAUUACGCCAGGUGUUUGGAUUUGUAAUUAUACUAAUAAAUCGCGGUGAUUUUUAGGUCAUAAAGAGUAA